GUCGUUCCAGCAGCUGCCCGACGACAACAUUAUAAAAGCUGAUGUUUUUGAUUGUUACACAAACGAGGCUAUAAUAAACGGUUGUCAAGCCAAGCUAAAGCUUCUCUGGUGCUGCUACUUCGCUUCCUUUUCCACGAAAACAACAUGAAGACAAGCUGCGCCUACAACCGUUGCCUCCAAAUAUUCUUCAUUAUCGUGCAGAUUCUAUUCAUCUUUGUCGGUUGUGUGCUAAUCGGACUCGGAGCGUGGUUUGAAAUCCUGGACCAAAACUUUGAAGCGAUUGUGGACGGAGAUCAGCUCGUGUAUGGAGCGUAUCUCACCAUAGCCGCAGGCUGUGCCAUAAUCGUACUAUCUGUUAUUGGAAUAUUUGGAGCCAUCUGUGACUACAAGGCCAAUAGAGUCCUACUCUUCGUAUACAUCGUGCUGGUGAUUGUGGUGUUCAUACUGCAGUCCAUCGGAGGAAUCCUGGCAUUCACCUACCGAGAAGACGCAGGUGGUGGAUUUAGUGCGAGACGGACUCAACGACACGAUGCCAGAGUUUGGCGAGGACACCAACAGAGGAGAGAGCAUCACAGAUGCCUGGGACUUUGUCCAGGAGAACUUGGAGUGUUGUGGGGUCAACAACUAUACGGACUGGGCAGACGAUCCCAACGUCAACAGCUAUCCCGCGAGUUGCUGUUCAAACGACCCGGUGGUGGUCGAUUUAGUGCGAGAUGGACUCAACGACACGAUGCCAGAGUUUGGCGAGGACACCAACAGAGGAGAGAGCAUCACAGAUGCCUGGGACUUUGUCCAGGAGAACUUGGAGUGCUGUGGGGUCAACAACUAUACGGACUGGGCAGACGAUCCCAACGUCAACAGCUAUCCCGCGAGUUGCUGUUCAAACGACCCGGUGGUAAACGCCUCUUCUAACCUGCCUCCUUGCUCACUCACCAACGUCUAUCGAGAUUUCACCUUUAUCUAUGCAUUCCCACAGGGAUGCGAGGAUGCUCUCACUUCAUUCAUACGAGACAAUCUUCUAGUCGUCGCCUCAGUAGCCAUAACCUUUGUCGUCGCCGAGGUGAUUGUGGUACUGAUGGCUAUAUGUCUGCUGUGCUGCACCGAUUUCGACUGAGGGGAAUAAAGCUAGACCCCUAUCAUUAUUACCAGCCAUGAAACUAUACUCUGAUAAAAUAUAGAUGAACCUCCACAUAUCAUAAUAAUAUUCGCAAUCAAGUGUAAUUAUAUCAUUUCAUGUAGCACGAUUUUUAAUCUCUUUAGUGCAUCACAAAAAUUACCAAUUUUAAAAUCUAUACAAAUUAUAAUAAUACUCGGAGGUGAAUACUGAAUAGACACAAACGUAUUGAAUGGUGCAUAUUAUCAGUUAUAGAGGGCACACAAGUUAAAAUCAGUAAAACAUGAUAAUCAUACAAGACGUGAAUGGAAGGAGUGAUUAGUACACGUAAUCGUCGACCGCAAAGUCGUCCUCUUUGGAUUUCUUCAUGCAAGCGACAGAUACACAGAGCGAGGGCUAUUGCGACACCAGAUAUCUGAGGGAGAGGGAGAGGAGGGAGAGAGAUGAGAGGGAGGGGGAGGAGGGAGAGAGAUGAGGAG